GUAUGUAUUCUGUAAUCUGUAGUGGAAUACUUUUUAAAAGUAACCUUCCCAAUCCUGUCGAUAACCAUAACUCUGAAAAUGAAAAUACACAAAGCUUAAAUUUAAAUGAAAUAUCAAUCAAAAGAUAAUGCUAAUAAUGCUGCAAAUUAUUGCUAAAAUAAAAAACAAGGGACAUUUAUUGAUUUAUUUAAUUAAUUAUUUAGUAAUAAUUUGAUAUAUUUAUGUAUUAAAUAUAUUUUUUAAAUUAUUUAGAUAUUUUAUUUUAAUUUUGUGUUCUUUGGUUCUUCAUAGUUAACAGAUAAUAACAGUACAGCAUUUAUUACAGGGACGAAACCCUGGGGGAUCUUCAGAAAUCUCGAGAUCCCAUACCAUUUAGCUAUCACUCUCGUUAAGUGACAUGUCCUUUAUGCAGUUAUACAUUUUAAGACAAGUGUUUGAUUAGGUCUCUUGGCUAAUAAUAAAAGAACAGUUAUUGUCAAAAAAAUGUUUUUCGUGGUGACUUUUAUUUUGAAGGGCACUACAGAAUAAUUUCUGCUCAUCCGGAAAUGAAUUCGUACAGUCGCUGUUUUCAACUCCAAAAUAAUCAACUGAGAUGCGAGUAUAGAGCAACAUUUUUUUGGCAUUUGAACCCAGGCAUAAUAAUUAAAUCAUUAUGGGUGGAUACGGUGUGAUGGCAAAUGAGGAAUCACUGGAUUAUUCAGUGCAUGAAGCUUGGAAUGAGGCCACCAAUGUUUACCUGCUGGUUAUUUUGGUCAGUUUCGCCCUGCUCAUGUACGCCAGAAAAAAUAAGAGGAAGAUUAUGCGCAUAUUUACGCUGCCACCGACAGUCGGAGCCUCAGCAGAACCGAACUUCUACGACAGCCUACAGAAAGUCAGACUGAGACAACAACUGGAAAUGUAUUCCCUAGCUCGUAAACAUGACCAACAGACACAGUCUGACAGUGUGCAGCUCUCGAUGGAGUGAUCUCACCAGAGGGGGCACUCUACACUCACCAAUGGUACUAAUGUGAAUAAAGAAACCUGAGCGGACAUGUCACUGCUCACAGAGACUGAGAAGUGGAUUGCUGAGGAUUAAACACAUUUUCAUUUUCUUUGGAGAGCUGUUCUUUUAAUUCACAUUCUUAACACCCUUUAGUCAUUAUGAAGAAGAAGGUGGCAUAAUUAUUAUUUAAAAAAACUUUUGUGGUGUGAUUUUCUUAAGUGAGUGUAAGUCACUUAAGAAAGUGAGUCCCUAUUAACUUACAUUGUAUUGAAAAGAUGUCAAAUAAAGGGUGAAAUAUUACUUUAAGAUCAACAUUUGAAAUCUUCUUACAAACAAUGUUACAAAAUGCUGCAAAAUUUUGACAAUGUAAAUGUUCUUGAGCAUGCAAGUGUUUAUUAUUAUUUUAUACAUACAUGGUUCCUUUACAUCUAAUGUUGUAGUUCAUUAUCUUAUAUUGCCCUCUAGUGUUAGCUUACAUGGGUGUCAGUUGUUUUAGGCUGACCUGCCUAGGCAGUUUAAACAAUCUGCUGAAGGUCAUUUUUUAAACUCUAAACAAAAGUCAUUGUACCUUAAUCUAGAAAUUGACUGCAAUAAAUUUGAAUAAAAAUUGCUACAUU